AUGCAGUCACUUAACGUCAUCGCCCAACUCAACGCCAAACUGGGGCCGUUCCCAUUCAGCGCCGAACUGGGGCCGCUCCCACUCAGCGCCGAACUGGAGCCGUGCCCACUCAACGCCGAACUGGGGCCGUACCCACUCAACGCCGAACUGGGGCCGCUCCCACUCAGCGCCGAACCGGAGCCGUGCCCACUCAACGCCGAACUGGGACCGUACCCAGUCAACGCCGAACUGGGGCUGCGCCCACUCAACGCCGAACCGGGGCCGUACCCAGUCAACGCCGGACUGGGGCCGUACCCACUCAUCGCCGAACUGGGGUCGUACCUACUCAACGCCGAACUGGGGUCGUACCCACUCAACGCCGAACUGGGGCCGUACCCAGUCAACGCCGAACUGGGGCCGUACCCAGUCAACGCCGAACUGGGGCCGUACCCAGUCAACGCCGAACUGGAGCCGUACCCAGUCAACGCCCGCAAUGGCAGGGCGCUACAGCGAUGGUAA